CCCCGCCCGCCGCCGCUGCCGCCGCCGCCGCCGCCAUUCCUGCGCCCGCGCUCACGGGGCCGGGCAGUGCCGGGACGCGCGGCCAGGACGCGCCACGCCAGAGUCCAGAUUUCUGAAGACUCCGUCCUGGAAACAACUGAGGGACGUUUCUGGAGGCGCAAGAUACAGAAUUUCUUCGUGAGGCCAAAAAGCAGUGCUCCGCUUAAGAUCCGGGCAACCUUCAACAUUGGCGGUGGUGACCUCGCCCGGCGCCUGGGAAAUGCUGGUCCUCGAGGUUUACAGCGCCCACCAGCUCCGGGCUGUGCCACGGCUCACAGCCGCCAGGCCCUGAGCAGCGUCCGCCGGGACACCCACGGCAGCCCCCCAGCCCACAAGCAUUUGCUGCCCAAGCCCGCUCUGCAUUGUGCGAGGAUGUGUGCCCCUGUCGGGGGGCUGCUUGCCACCCUGGCCAUGGUGUUCGGGAUGGCGGUGGCCUUUGCACCCAAGCCCCGGAUCACCUGGGAGCACAGAGAGGUGCAUCUGGAGAAGUUUCACGAGCCAGGCAUCUUCAACUACUCAGUGUUGCUGCUGAGCGAGGAUAAGACCACCCUGUACGUGGGGGCCCGGGAAGCCGUGUUUGCCCUGAGUGCGCACAAUGUCUCCGAGAAGCAGCAUGAGGCCUACUGGAAGGUCUCAGAAGAUAAAAAAGCAAAAUGUGCCGAGAAGGGGAAGUCAAGACAGACGGAGUGCCUCAACUACAUCCGAGUGCUGCAGCCUCUCGGCCCCGGCGCCCUGUACGUGUGUGGGACCAACGCGUUCCAGCCGGCCUGCGACCACCUGGAUUUGACGUCCUUUAAAUUUCUGGGGAGAAGCGAGGAUGGCAAGGGCAGGUGCCCCUUUGACCCCGCACAGAGCUACACGUCUGUCAUGGUUGACGGGGAGCUGUAUUCCGGGACCUCCUACAAUUUUCUGGGAAGCGAGCCCAUCAUCUCCCGAAACUCGUCCCACAGCCCUCUGAGGACGGAGUAUGCGAUACCGUGGCUGAAUGAACCAAGCUUCGUCUUCGCUGAUGUGAUGCGAGAGCGUCCAGACGGCAUGGACAGCGGGGAUGACCGUGUCUACUUCUUCUUCACCGAGGUGUCCGUGGAGUACGAGUUUGUGUUCAAGCUGAUGAUCCCGCGGGUGGCGCGGGUGUGCAAGGGGGACCAGGGCGGCCUGCGGACCUUGCAGAAGAAGUGGACAUCCUUCCUGAAGGCCCGGCUGAUCUGCUCGCGGCCGGACAGCAACCUCGUCUUCAACGUGCUGCAGGACGUCUUCGUGCUCCGGGCGGAGGGCCUGAAGGAGCCGGUCAUCUACGGGGUCUUCACCCCGCAGCUGAACAACGUGGGGCUGUCGGCCGUGUGCGCCUACAACCUGUCCGCCGCGGAGGAGGUCUUCUCGCGCGGGAAGUACAUGCAGAGCACCACGGUGGAGCAGUCCCACACCAAGUGGGUGCGCUACAACGGCGCGGUGCCCACGCCCAGGCCCGGGGCGUGCAUCAACCGCGAGGCGCGGGCGGCCAACUUCUCCAGCUCCCUCAGCCUGCCGGACAAGACCCUGCAGUUCGUCAAGGACCACCCCCUGAUGGACGGCUCUGUGACCCCGAUAGACAACAGGCCCAGGCUCAUCCGAAGCGACGUGAACUACACACAGCUCGUGGUGGACCGGACCUGGGCUCUGGAUGGGACCCCCUACGACGUCAUGUUUGUGGGCACAGACCAGGGCACCCUGCACAAAGCAGUUAGCCUGGAGAACGAGGCCCACAUCAUAGAGGAGACACGGCUCUUCCAGGACCUCGAGCCCGUGCAGACGCUGCUGCUGAAUUCUCAGAAGGGCAGCAAGUUCAUCUACGCGGGCUCCAGCUCGGGCGUGGUGCAGGCCCCCGUGGCCUUCUGCGAGAAGCACGCCACCUGCGAGGACUGCGUGCUGGCCCGGGACCCGUACUGUGCCUGGAGCCCGGCCGGCCAGGCCUGCGUGGCCCUGCACCCGGACAGCCGCAGCAGGGAUCUGAUCCAGCGCAUGAGCGGAGACACAUCUGGCUGCCCGACCUCGUCUGUGCCCUUCCCUCCUCCGGGGUCCUCCUCCCUGUCCUGUCGGGGCCCUGGCUCCGCUUCCUCUCCCCGAAGCCCCCGGCCGGCCUCCGCCUCGGGGUCUGACAGCGGCCCGCCCGUCACCUUGCUGCCGCCCCUCCUCAGCGACCAGGCCCAGCACGUGCGUGCCCCGGGGACCUUCCAGCUCCUCUGUCAGGCCACAGGUCCUGCAGACAUUCACUUCAUCUGGGAGAAGAACGGCCGUGAGCUGGAAACGUGUGUCCCCACGCAGAGCCACGCGCUGCUCGACGGCAGGACCCACGCGCUCAGCUGGUUGCGGGACACCGUCAGCGAGAGCGCCGAGUACCGCUGCUCCAUCCUCUCCUCCGCAGGCAACAGGACCUCCAGCGUGCGGGUCACCGUCAUGAGACACGAGGCGACCCACCAGGAGCAGUGGACCAGAGAGCUCGCGGCCUGGAGGGCUGUGGCCGGGGAGCAUGACCGCGUGAUGCAGAGCUGGAGGAAGGCGUGGGAAAACUGUGACAAGGACAACUUAUAGACCGCAGUUGAGCCCGCUGCCCCUUGCCACGCCGCCCCCGGAGAGGCCCCAGGACAGUGAGCUGUCACCUGGCCUGCUGAGAUGGGGUUCACCUCAACCGCCGAGACAGCAGCCAAAACUUUAAAGACUUAGUUGCUCGCAAGGGACAGGAGAGGCUGUCUGGCGGACACAGGACACCAGGACCGUUAAGCUACAGAUUCGAUGCCAGACAGCGGCGUGCAUGAUGGCUCCUCUUCCAGAAACGCCGCUGCUGUGCUCCCCGGCUGUUCCUCCCUGCCCACACAACAGCCCCGUCCCCAGCCUGCCGCUGCUCCCACCUUCACUGAGCUCCCACGUGCCAGGGACAGGCCCAGUGAGACCAAUGGAAGCAACUGGCCUGACACCUUGAGUGA